AUGAGAUCUGCAAGGUGCAAACUCUGGGCUUUGGAGGUCGGCCUGAUCCAUCCCAGCCUCACUUUGGAUUUUGCAGAAAGUGCGGCUGCGGCAUUCUCCGUCCGGUUGCGCAACACGCCGCUAUCUGCAAGAAUCGACGGCUCUGAGAGGGCUCUUAAUCCAAUCAGGACGUCUUUGCGAUACCAGGAAACGUUUGAGUUCCCCUUUGGGCAGCAGCGGCGCACCGAGGAUCACCGCAGUCUCCGGAGCUUUACCUUUUAG